UUAACAGUAAAACGAGUGAACACUAUGUUAAAUGGAGCAAACCGAGCAAAAUAUCGCAAGUCCCAAAAAGAAAUUUUGAGUUAACUUUUCUUUUUAAAAUGUGUGUCGUGUUCAUGUGUUGUAAUGUGCGUCUUUAAAAGUAUUGUAUUGUUACAUUGGUAUUGUGUUAUUAUUUUGUAAAGUCUAAAUAAAAUUUUAGUUGCGGCCAGUUAAUCAUUUUAAAUUUCAAACUAUGGCAGCAUACUUCUAUUAAUUUUCUUCGAAGUAAGGUAAAUUAAAUACCUAGGUCGCUCUCUGCUCAUCAUGUAUAUAGUUUUCUAUUAGACAUGCGUGGAUCAUAUGAGAGUAUGGGUGGGUUGGCCUAGUCUUAAAUAGAAUAGAUGUUACUUUCUAUUUACUCUUGAUUGUAAAUUAAAAAAAUGGAAAUACUUAUAAGUAAAUACCUACUUAAGAUUUUUUAGAUUAAAUUAAUUAAAAUGCUACAAUAAAAAUCUAAGUUUUUUUGUCAUUUAAAAAAGUGGGAAGUUAUUUACAGUGAAUCGAACUUCUGCAACACUAUCCGUCAAUGUAAUCGACUUAGAUCCAUCACUAACUGACGUCAAUCAAAACUGUUUUGUUUAUGUGUCAUUUGCCGUUACUGUGAUCAUCAUUUUUCAUGAAAAAUGUGUGAUUUUAACGAUAAUCCACUCAAAUUAAGCGUUAAAUGGAAUGGGAAGGAAUAUGAAAUACCAGAGUUCUCUCCUUCAGAUUCAGUGGCAAUGCUCAAGAUAGCCAUUGAAAAUGCUACUGGAGUCCGACCCGAGAGGCAGAAACUGCUUAACGUUAAGUUUCAAGGUAAAGUGGCCACAGACAACUUUACCCUCUCCGAGUUGAAUCUCAAGCCGAAUUUGAAGAUUAUGAUGAUGGGGUCCCUCGAGGAGGCGAUAGAAGGUGCUAGAACAAAGCCUGACGUUGGGGACGAGGUGGUCAAUGAUCUCGAUAUUGAGGAAGAGGAAGUUGAUGUGGAGAAUCAAGAGAUAUAUUUAGCAAAAAUCAACAAGCGAGUGCGGGAUUACAAAAUAAAUGUGCUGAAUGAACCGCGGGAGGGGAAGAAGCUGUUAGUCCUGGAUAUAGAUUAUACAUUAUUCGACCACAGAUCUGUAGCGGAAACUGGCUACGAACUAAUGAGACCGUUCCUCCACGAGUUUCUGACGACAGCAUAUGAGGACUACGACAUUGUGAUCUGGUCAGCGACCGGCAUGAAGUGGAUUGAGGAGAAGAUGCGGCUUUUGGGUGUCUCCACGCACCAGGAUUAUAAAAUCAUGUUCUAUCUCGACUAUCUGGCGAUGAUCACUGUGCAUACCGCCAAGUAUGGGACUAUUGAUGUGAAACCUUUAGGCGUAAUAUGGGGUAAAUACCCGCAAUACAGUUCAAAGAACACAAUAAUGUUCGACGAUAUCCGAAGAAAUUUCAUUAUGAAUCCGAAGAGCGGUCUCAAAAUCAGACCUUUUAGGCAAGCGCAUUUAAACAGAGACAGGGAUAGGGAGUUAUUGAACUUGUCAGUGUAUUUGAAGGACAUUGCUAUGUAUUGUGAGGAUUUUGAUCAGUUGAAUCAUAAAAAGUGGGAGAAAUACAAGCCUGAUAGAAAACUGCAACAGGCCGGUAAUAAAAGGAAGGCGGAAGACAGUGCCCCGUCCACGCCUAAAGAAUGACGUUGGAACUAAAUAGCGACCGAGUUUGCCUUGUGAUUGGAUUUACGGUAAAUAUAUAUAGCUAUAUACUGGAUUGUUAAAUAAUACCUAUAUACGUGCGAAGUGGUCAGAGUACCAUUUAUGCGAAGUUGCGAUAAUUUUAAAAAGUGCGAAGCACUUCCAUUAUUUAAUUCAAUAAUAAAAGAAUAUAAUAAAUGUGUCAAUAAAAAAA